CCGAAACUUGUCGAACAACAUGAUAUUCCAUUGUCGGCAGUGUUCUAUUUUUGGCCAGCUCUAGAGCCAUCGAACUGUUAUGAGUGCGCGAUAUAAAGAAAACACGAUGCAAAUCAACAUUUAAAGUUUAGUUGGUUGAAAGACGUUGUCGUGAUUACAUUUGCGGAGAAAGAAUUAAUUUUCGUUUAUUUGGCGUGUUCUAGAUUGCAAAACAAUGAAGUUAAUUAAGUGGACAAUAUUUGUGGUUUUAUUACAAACAUUUCGAUUGGCGGCGGGCAUCUUUUUGUUUCCACACAAAAAGUAUGUAGUUUCACGCCAAGACACCGAAUGUGAACGAGAAACAGUGACCUUUAAUUCGAGUUUUAUUGAAUUUAUGCUGGCCUUCCUUGGUGUCGAUCAAAGUGAAUGUGCAUGUGAUGAUCCGUGUCCAUCAGUGGCAAAAUUUGUGAAGCUUUAUAUUUAUCGUACAGAUACAAAUAGUUUCCAUCGGCUCUUUGCAAACGGUUCCAAUGCUCAUUUAAUCGAUCAUACUCGACCAACAACGGUCUUUGUGCACGGGUUCUCGGACAGUUUUCAUCCACGCAAAAAUUCUUGGAAUAAUCAAUUGUCACGUAUGGAGUCGCGCAUUCUAAAUCGUAAUACACUGGCACUUGAUUGGGGUGAUCUAUCACGUUGCCCAUAUCGACAAGCAACCGAAUCUUUAGUUCCCGAAGUUGGCAAUCUAUUGUAUCGCAUCCUGAAUGAUGUCUUGAAACUGGAUUUACGAACCGUAAACUGUGUCGGCCAUUCACUCGGUGGACAUAUUUGUGGAUAUGCCGGUGCUGCAUCGUCGGGACAAUUUGAACGGUGCUUUGGAUUAGAUCCAGCUGGUUUAUAUUAUACGGUUGACUAUGAUGGACCAUCACGUGGAUUAAAUAAAACUUGUUGUCAAUAUGUUCAGGCAAUACACACCGAUAUGGCUAUUGGUUCGCGACAAGCCAUGGGUCAUAUCGAUUUCUUUCCAAACAAUCAAACUGGCACUCAGCCUCACUGCCUUAUUCAAGCUACUGGCUGUUCGCAUAUAGCUGUGGUCGAAUAUUACAAAGCCGCACUUGAUCCAAACAAUAAGUUCAUUGGAGUUGCUUGUGGCAAACAUUCUAAUCCCAGUGCCACCUGCCGAUUUGGCGCUCAUACAACAACCGAUUGUGAAAGUGGAUCGUUCUGCUUUGAUACGGCCCCGUGCGCUCCGUACACGUACUCAUCGAGAUAGAUGAAAUUAGAUAAGUGUAGUACUUUUCUUACAAUAAAGAUAAUUAAUUUAUUUUUUUAUUUAUUUGAUAAGAGAUAUAUGUGUUUUUUUUUUACUUCUAUGCUGGUCAAAAUUGACGGUAUACACAAUUCUUAUUAAAAAUUAUCCGAUUAAAAAUUAUAUUCAAAUUUGUG